CAGUCCUACCCACUUUCCAAUAUGUCAGGCUCUAAGAAGCCACGAGCUGUUGCAAAUCCUCUGGAGUCAACCAUUACAACACCGAGUGAAAGAAUACUAAAAGAAUGUCACUCUUUAUAUAUCGACAACGAGAACGGAUUGGUGAAAAUGGCAGAGAGUUUGGGAGUGAGACUGUUACCUCCUCGGAAAAAGAUUAUAGUUAUGAUCAUGGGAAACCAUUCUGCCGGAAAAAGCUCCUUCAUUAACUGGUAUGUGGAGGAGCACAUACAGAAGACAGGUGUGGCCAUAGAGACUCAAGGCUUUACGUUUAUAACCAGUGGAAGAAAACGAGAGUCACUAACAGGAAAUGCAACGCUACACCUCUACCCACAUUUCAGACCUUUGCUGGAGUUCAAAGGUGUCACGGAUUACCUGAGCGCUGAGAUUUCCACCUCCAAGCAGAAGAAAUUCAGCCUGGUGACGUUUGUGGACACUCCAGGGUUGGUGGAUGGAGAUAUGGUGUACCCGUUUGAUGUCAACAAUGCCAUCACCUCUUUUGGUGAGCAGGCAGACCUCAUCUUCGUGUUUUUCGACCCGAUGGGACAGGCGUUGUGCAAGCGUACACUGAACAUCGUUGAGAAGCUGAGUGAGAAGUGUGGAGACAAACUGCGCUUUUACCUGAGCAAAGCUGAUGAGGUUGGACGAGAAACGGACAGACAGCGAGUGAUGAUGCAGAUUGUCCAAGAGCUGUGCAGGAGACCUGGACUCAACAAAUGUGGCUUUGAAAUGCCCACGAUAUACAUCCCCAACCCUCAAAAACCCAGCAGAUGCAUCAACCAGAUUGAUGAGGUGUGUGAGACCAUUGAGAAGAGCAUAAACCAGGCAGUGCAGAAAACACUUGACCAGCUGGAGAAAGACUGUAACCUGGUCAUCUCUACCAUCAACCAUACACUGGAGCAGGACCGGGUAAAUGCGAGCUGUAAUAGAAGCAACCGCUUUAAUUCAUUCCUGUGCGCAGUUCUGGGGAUCUUCCUUCCGUCGAUCUUCAUCCUCAGCUUCAUCAUCAGCACUUUCGCUCCAGAGGAACUGGACACUCUUGUAGGAGAGGGAUUGGCUAAAAUGCUCUACUUUUCCACAGGAAUAGUGGUGUAUCUGUGGGAAUGGAUUCCUGAAGACUGGCAGAUAUGGUUUGGGAUCUCCUUCGGCGCUCUGUGCUACUUCAUGUUCUUUCUGGCCAAGUAUUUUGCACGUCAGGGAAACAAGACGCUUACUAAGAAAGAGAAGAAGAAACUGGCGGAGUUCAGUGAUUACAUACAGGAUGUCCUCAAAUCCAAGAAGCGGAAACUGUAUGAGGAGUAUCUUCGCCAGUGUGCUGCAGAAUAUGAUUUCUGAAGGAAGCCGGAAUGACGGCUGUUGGUCACAUCAGCCGUCAGAAUAAUUCAUAUAAAGCACAUCCGUGUGUGUGUGUGUUAAAAUACUGAUGUAGUUUCAUUGUUCUUUGUAGAGUGGUCAAAAAGUACCGGCAUUGUGUUUACGGGCUCAUCGGAUAUGUCUGUGAUUGG